UCUAGCCUCGGCGAGAAAGGAACCUGCUAGCACCGACCGCCCUUAUCUAACCAACUGCAGAGGGCGGCUGCCGCUGCCUCUUCCUCCCCGUGUGUCACGUCUUCUCCAUUCAGCCCCCAGCAUCACCGCCGACGCUGCAGGGAGGACCACCUAAAAACAAACAAACUCUAACAAAUCCCAAACUCGAGGGGCAGAGACCAAUACUCCCAAGCACGCCAUGAAGGGCGAUGCAGGCGGGGGCUUCACUGUUAUAGAUAACGAAAGUUAACUUCAGGAUGCUCAAACGGAAACAAAGCUCACGUGUGGAAGCUCAGCCUGUUACAGACUUUGGCCCUGAUGAAUCUUUGUCAGACAAUGCAGAUAUCCUGUGGAUUAACAAGCCAUGGGUUCACUCUUUGCUACGCAUCUGCGCCAUCAUCAGUGUCAUUUCUGUUUGUAUGAACACCCCAAAGACCUUUGAGCAUUAUCCACCUCUUCAAUAUUUGACAUUUGCUCUAGAUACUUUAUUGAUGUUUCUCUACACUGCAGAGAUGAUAGCAAAAAUGCAUAUCCGUGGGAUAGUCAAGGGGGAUAGCUCCUAUGUAAAGGAUCGUUGGUGUGUGUUUGAUGGAUUCAUGGUUUUUUGUCUCUGGGUGUCAUUGGUGUUACAGGUGUUUGAAAUUGCCGAGAUAGUUGAUCAGAUGUCACCCUGGGGCAUGCUGCGGAUUCCAAGGCCUCUUAUUAUGAUUCGAGCAUUCCGGAUAUAUUUUCGCUUUGAGCUUCCAAGAACCAGGAUAACAAAUAUUUUAAAGCGUUCCGGAGAGCAGAUUUGGAGUGUUUCAAUUUUCCUUCUAUUCUUUCUGCUUCUGUAUGGAAUUCUAGGAGUUCAGAUGUUUGGAACUUUUACCUAUCAUUGCGUAACAAAUGACACCCAGCCAGGAAAUGUAACCUGGAAUAAUUUAGCUAUCCCAGAUACUCACUGUUCCAGAGAGCUAGAAGAAGGUUACCAGUGUCCAGCAGGAUUUAAGUGCAUGGACCUUGAAGAUCUGGGACUAAGCAGGCAAGAGCUGGGCUACAGUGGCUUUAAUGAGAUAGGCACAAGCAUAUUUACCGUUUAUGAAGCUGCUUCUCAGGAAGGCUGGGUGUUCCUUAUGUAUAGAGCAAUUGACAGUUUUCCCCGAUGGCGUUCGUACUUCUAUUUCAUCACCUUAAUUUUCUUUCUUGCCUGGCUUGUUAAGAAUGUGUUCAUCGCUGUCAUCAUUGAAACAUUUGCUGAAAUAAGAGUGCAAUUCCAGCAGAUGUGGGGGUCCAGAAGCAGUACCACCUCAACUGCUACUACCCAGAUGUUUCAUGAAGAUGCUGCUGGAGGAUGGCAGCUAGUGGCUGUUGAUAUGAAUAAACCCCAGGGCAGAGCUCCAGCAUGUCUACAGAAACUGAUGAGGUCAUCAAUAUUUCAUAUGUUCAUACUGAGCAUGGUGGCAGUAGAUGUCAUUGUCGCUGCUAGUAAUUACUACAAAGGAGAGACUUUCAGAAGACAGCAUGAUGAAUUUUACCUAGCUGAGGUUGCUUUUACAGUUCUCUUUGACUUAGAAGCUCUUCUGAAGAUCUGGUGCUUGGGCUUUACUGGAUAUAUCAGCUCAUCUCUUCACAAAUUUGAACUGCUGCUUGUAAUUGGAACUACUCUUCAUAUUUAUCCAGACCUCUACCAUUCCCAGUUUACAUAUUUUCAGGUGCUUAGGGUAGUUCGACUUAUAAAGAUUUCUCCUGCUUUGGAGGAUUUUGUGUAUAAGAUAUUUGGACCUGGAAAAAAACUUGGGAGCUUGGUUGUAUUCACUGCCAGCCUUUUAAUUGUAAUGUCAGCAAUUAGUUUACAGAUGUUCUGCUUUGUGGAAGAACUGGACAGAUUUACAACUUUUCCAAGGGCAUUCAUGUCAAUGUUCCAGAUCCUUACACAGGAAGGAUGGGUGGAUGUCAUGGAUCAGACUCUUAAUGCUGUAGGACAUAUGUGGGCACCUGUAGUUGCUAUUUACUUUAUACUUUAUCAUCUUUUUGCUACACUGAUUUUGCUCAGCUUGUUUGUUGCUGUUAUUUUGGACAACUUGGAACUUGAUGAAGAUCUAAAGAAGCUUAAACAACUCCGUAAAUCUGUUUUCAGCAUCAGGGCAAGAAAUCUUCUGGAAAAGGAGACAGCAAUCAAUAAAAUCCUUAGGGCCUGCACUAGACAACGCAUGCUGAGUGGAUCCUUUGAGGGGCAACCUGCAAAGGAAAGGUCAAUACUUAGUGUCCAGCAUCACAUACGGCAAGAGCGCAGGUCACUAAGACAUGGUUCCAACAGCCAGCGAAUCAGCAGGGGAAAAUCUCUUGAAACCUUGACUCAAGAUCAUUCUAAUACAGUGAGAUACAGAAACGCACAGAGAGAAGACAGUGAGAUCAAGAUGAUCCAGGAAAAAAAGGAACAAGCUGAAAUGAAAAGGAAAGUCCAAGAGGAGGAGUUGCGAGAGAAUCAUCCAUAUUUUGAUAAGCCACUUUUCAUAGUUGGUCGAGAACACAGAUUCAGGAACUUUUGUCGGGUGGUUGUGCGUGCUCGCUUUAACGCUUCUAAAACAGAUCCUGUUACCGGAGCUGUGAAAAAUACCAAAUACCAUCAGCUAUAUGAUUUGCUGGGAUUGGUUACUUACCUGGACUGGGUUAUGAUCAUUGUUACUAUAUGCUCCUGCAUUUCUAUGAUGUUUGAAUCCCCCUUUAGAAGAGUUAUGCGUGCUCCAACACUCCAGAUUGCUGAAUAUGUUUUUGUAAUAUUCAUGAGCAUUGAGCUUAAUCUGAAGAUUAUGGCAGAUGGCUUGUUUUUUACACCAACAGCUGUCAUAAGGGACUUUGGAGGAGUCAUGGAUAUAUUUAUAUAUCUUGUAAGUUUGAUAUUCCUUUGCUGGAUGCCUCAGAAUGUUCCUGCUAAAUCUGGAGCUCAGCUCUUAAUGAUACUACGAUGUCUCCGACCCCUUCGCAUUUUCAAACUGGUGCCACAAAUGAGGAAAGUUGUACGAGAGCUGUUUAGUGGCUUCAAGGAAAUCUUCUUGGUGUCCAUUCUUUUGCUGACAUUAAUGCUCGUUUUUGCAAGCUUUGGAGUUCAGCUUUUUGCUGGGAAACUGGCCAAGUGCAAUGAUCCACACAUCAUCGCAAGGGAAGAUUGUCAUGGCAUCUUCAGAAUAAAUGUAAGUGUUUCAAAAAAUCUGAAUUUAAAGCUAAGACCUGGAGAGAAAAAGCCUGGAUUUUGGGUGCCACGAGUCUGGGCAAAUCCUCGCAAUUUUAAUUUUGACAAUGUGGGAAAUGCCAUGUUGGCACUAUUUGAAGUUCUUUCAUUAAAAGGCUGGGUGGAAGUCAGAGAUGUCAUUAUUCAUCGCGUGGGGCCGAUCCAUGGAAUCUAUAUUCAUGUCUUUGUGUUCCUGGGCUGCAUGAUUGGAUUGACCCUUUUUGUUGGGGUUGUCAUUGCUAAUUUCAAUGAAAAUAAGGGUACAGCUUUACUGACUGUAGAUCAGAGACGGUGGGAAGAUCUAAAGAGCAGACUGAAGAUAGCUCAACCUCUUCAUCUCCCACCUCGUCCGGAUAAUGAUGGCUUUAGAGCCAAAAUGUAUGAUAUAACGCAGCAUCCGUUUUUUAAGAGGACCAUUGCUGUGCUUGUUCUGGCCCAGUCUGUCUUGCUUUCAGUGAAGUGGGAUGUCGAAGAUCCAGUGACUGUUCCUUUAGCAACCAUGUCUGUUGUUUUCACCUUCAUUUUUGUCCUAGAGGUCACUAUGAAGAUUAUUGCCAUGUCACCUGCUGGCUUCUGGCAAAGCAGAAGAAAUCGAUAUGACCUUUUAGUGACCUCCCUUGGUGUUAUAUGGGUGAUACUUCACUUUGCCUUACUAAAUGCAUACACAUAUAUGAUGGGUGCAUGUGUAAUUGUCUUCAGGUUCUUCUCAAUUUGUGGGAAACAUGUGACACUGAAAAUGCUGCUGCUGACUGUGGUUGUCAGCAUGUAUAAGAGUUUCUUCAUCAUUGUGGGAAUGUUCUUACUGCUUCUUUGUUAUGCUUUUGCUGGAGUAGUUUUAUUUGGCACAGUGAAAUAUGGAGAGAACAUUAACAGGCAUGCAAACUUUUCAUCAGCUGGCAAGGCCAUUACUGUACUCUUCAGAAUAGUUACUGGGGAAGACUGGAACAAGAUUAUGCAUGACUGCAUGGUUCAGCCUCCUUUUUGUACUCCAGAUAACAGCACAUACUGGAGGACAGAUUGUGGAAAUUAUGCUGGUGCUCUGAUGUAUUUCUGUUCCUUUUAUGUCAUCAUUGCAUACAUAAUGCUAAAUUUGCUUGUAGCAAUCAUUGUGGAGAAUUUCUCAUUGUUUUACUCCACCGAAGAAGACCAACUUUUAAGCUAUAAUGAUCUUAGACAUUUUCAAAUUAUAUGGAACAUGGUUGAUGAUAAAAGAGAGGGGGUAAUCCCUACCUUCCGUGUGAAGUUUCUGCUGAGGUUGCUGCGUGGGAGGUUGGAGGUAGAUCUUGACAAGGACAAACUUUUGUUCAAGCACAUGUGUUAUGAAAUGGAGAGGCUGCAUAAUGGUGGAGAUGUCACUUUCCAUGACGUAUUAAGCAUGCUGUCAUACAGGUCUGUUGAUAUCAGGAAAAGCCUUCAGCUGGAAGAGCUUCUUGCCAGGGAACAACUGGAGUACACAAUAGAAGAAGAAGUGGCCAAACAAACCAUACGCAUGUGGCUGAAGAAAUGCUUAAAGCGUAUCAGAGCAAAACAGCAGCAGUCAUGUAGCAUUAUCCAUAGUCUACGAGAGAGUCAACAGCAGGAGUUGAGCCGAUUUCUGAAUCCCCCCAGCAUUGAAACAACACAGCCAAGUGAAGAUACGAAUACUAAUAAUCAAGAUAAUGCACAGCCAGAGACAAGUAGCCAGCAGCAGCUCCUUAGUCCAACGCUUUCUGACAGGGGCGGGUAUCGGCAGGACUCUACAGAUGGUGGGAAGCCUCAACGGAAAUUCGGACAAUGGCGUUUACCUUCAGCCCCCAAACCAAUAAGCCAUUCAGUGUCUUCAGUCAAUCUGCGGUUUGGUGGUCGCACAACUAUGAAAUCUGUUGUAUGCAAGAUGAAUCCUAUGGCAGAUGCUGCUUCUUGUGGAUCAGAAGUGAAGAAAUGGUGGACAAGACAACUAACUGUGGAAAGUGAUGAGAGUGGGGAGGAUCUUCUUGACAUCUGACCAAGAAAAGAGGCUAACUUAAGUCAUAUUGCAACAACAGCCAUUUCAAAUAAAAACAAUUUUCUUGGGGUUUGAAUUGAAUGAGAUAUAAUUGAUGUAUGAUUUAUUUAAAACUAAUGCCAUAAGAUUUUUCAACUGCUUUAUCUUUUUGCCAUAUAAAACAUAAUACAGACCUGUAUGUUAGAUUUCAGCUCUAUUGUGAAGAUUACUGUAUGUUAGGAAGAUUCUAUAUUAUGACAGUAUUGAUGAUGCCACAGAGUCUCUAUUGUCUUUAGCAUAGAUGGAGCAUUGAAAGGUUUCAUACAUUCUGUAACAAAAAUUUGUAUUCAGGUAUAGACUUCUGCAUUUUUUCAUCCUGUACCAUACCUGAAAAUGGCCAGCACAUUACUGUACAGCAUUUCUUUUCUUUUUAUUUUCUCUCAGUUCUAGUCUAGUAAUAUUUCUCUAGAAAGAUUUUAUUAUUCAUGAAUGACCUAAAGAGGUCAGCACUGAGUUCAUGGUAAGGGACAGUAUUUUUACAAAGUACAGAUUCUGAAUUUCAAGUCUAGUCUUUUUCUUGUAAUUUUCUUAAAUAUGCUAAUACAAUAUAGCUGAUUUUAAAAUCAGAAACUGAUGGAUUGGCUUUUAAAAAUUGUUUUUUUUCUUCUGGUUAAUUAUGUAUAGAGUUUGAUUUUCAUAAGAAAUCAGCCAAAAAAUUACAUGGGUUAAGAAUUUGCAAAAGCAUCUAUACAUGGUGUGUUUCAUUAAUGACCUGGAAAAUAAAAAUAAAUCCUACACAAAGUGAAAACUUGGAUGGAUUGCUGAAGAGGAGUACAAAAGAAUUGCAAAACCAGAAAGCCUAAGGCACAAAACUAGUUACAUCUAGUAAGGGACAUAAGCAGUAAUAAGAAGAGGUUAUUUAAAUACCUUAGGAGCAUGAGAAAAACAUAGGAAAGUGUAGGUCCUCUACACAGUGAGGAAGGAGAUCUGAUGAUAUUAAGAAGCUGAGAUGUUUAAUGCCUAUUAUGCUUCAGUCUUCACUAAAAAGAGUAAUGGUGACCAGAUACUUAAUACAAUUAAUAUUUUAACAAGAUGGAAGGAACACAAGGCACAAUAGGAAAAGUCCAGGUUAAAGAAUAUUUAGAUUAGUUGGGAUGAAUUUCAUUUGGCCCUGCCAACUUGAAUAUAUCUAAAGUACUUAAGAAACUAGCUGAAGCAAUCUCGGAACCAUUAGCAAUUAUCUUUGAGAACUCAUGGAGGCCCCAGAGGACUGAAGAAGACCAAAUAUAGUACCUGACUUUAAAAAGGGAAACAAAGAGGACAUGGGGCUUUAUAGACUGGUCAUCCUAACGUUGAUAUCUGGAAAGAUAUCUGAACAAUUUAUUAAACAAUCAAUUUGUAAGUGCCUCAAGGAUAAUAGGGUGAUAAGGAGUAGCCAGCAUGGAUUUUUCAAGAACAAAUUAUGCCAAACCAAGAUAACUUCCUUCUUUGACAGGGUUACUGGCCUAGUGGAUAGAGGGGAAGCAGUAGACAAGUUAUAUAAAAUAGCAAGUUGGGGUCGUCUUUGCAACUCUGAGGCUGUUAAAAUACAGUUCAGUUUUACCAAUCUAGAUAGGAGUGAACCAAGUUUUAACCAAGUCAUUACUCAUGCUCCAGUCUGACAAACCCAGAGCUAUAUCAUGAUUCCAUAACAUGGUUAAAAAGUGGUUUGGUCCCUUUUAGUCUGGGAAAUCAUGUUUUAACAUGUGAUGAUGGUUUUGCAUAGUACCAAGAAUGCUUACUACUUGAGAGAUAAGCAAAAGAGAAUCAGUCGGUUUCCCUGAGAGUUUUCAAUAUAGAUUGAUGCUAUACAAAUACAGGGAUGGGAAAGAGAAGUGACCAAAAGCAGCGUGAAUGAUCAGUGAAGCAUGGCACAUAUCUUGUAGGUUCCAUACUAUACAGUUGUUUAAAUAUAUGGGCUGGGGAUUGUGUUCUCUUUCCUCAGAUACACACUGGCAGUUGCAGGCUUUGUGGCUGGGCCCCAAACACAAUUGUUUUUGUAGUAUAGCGGAGACCUUUUCCACUACCAUUGUUUCCUAUGGAAAUGAUAGGUUGCUUUAACAUGGCCUGACUUGAGAUCUUGUGAGACGCUCACAGUUAAUGUAUGGCUCCACAUGUCAUAUUUUCUUUCAAAAACUGGCAAUUGUCAAUAUUCUACAGUGUUUUCUGGCCAAAACAGUAAUGUAGAAUGAUCAGAAGACAGUAUUGUUUUCACUGAUGCCUUCACCAGUGAUGCAAACUCAGUUUUGACCACAAAAUACAGUUUUCAUGGCGUCUAUCAACAUUGCUCUGUGUGCUGUUGAACAGAUAUUUUUUGAACGUAAUAGUCUCAAAGAGUCAUAAUGUACACAUUUGUGAAUGGUGUAGUCAUUCUGUUCUGUGGUACAUUUAAGUUUAAAACUAAUCAAAAACUUACAUGCAUCGUAGAUUUAAAGUAACCAAAUAUGUGCAUUCUCUUGUUUAUUAAGUAGACUAUGACUAAACAUUUAAGAAAAUUACAAAGUAUCUUUGACAAGGCCAGUAUUUUGUGUUCUGUUUUGUGUCAAUUUGAAGUUCAGCUUUUGUAUAUAAGACAAUCUGAUAAAUAUUGGAUUUAUAAAAGAUAUAAUCUUGAUUUUCAGUAAUGUAUUGAACUGCAGAAACUUUCUGAAUCAUUGUAACUGCGAGUCGUCUUUUUAAAAAAAAAAUCUGGCAAACAUUUUGUCCUUGCCUACAGUACUCUGUUAAUAAAAGUGAGUUGCAUUAAGCCAGAUCCAUCCCCCAAACUUUCAUUAUAACUGCAUUUGAUGUGCUUACCUCAUAUAUUACUUGGCUGCAUAGUAGCAUGUAAUUUUAUUUAAAAUGCAUGCAGAAUAGCAGUGGUAGCAUUUAAGACCUAACAAUUGUCAUGUCAUAUCAGAGCAGUGGUCCAUCUAGUCCAGUAUUCUAGAUGUUUCUGAUGAAGGGCCAAGAAAUCCUGUAAUGGAUAAUUAUAUCAAUAUUAUUUCAUUGCUGGAGGAGCCAAGGCCUCUCCACUUACCUUGAAACAAAUAUUUUUAAACAUAUCCAAGGAAAAAAAGCAGAUUAAGAGUUAGCCACAAUGGAAAAGCCAGAAUCCAGUUGUCUGUACCCUAGUUGGGCUACAUGGAAUGGAUCACUUGAUGAUUAGCUGUUCUGUUCAUUCCCUCUGGGGCACCUGCCAUUGGCCACUGUCGGCAGAGAGGAUACUGGGCUAGAUGGACCUUUGGUCUGACCCAGUAUGGCUGUUCUUAUGUAGUUUUGCUGUUACAGAUGUAAGCAAUCAGAUACAAUUACAGAGAUGUGGAAAUGUAUAUAUGUCAAUCGUAACACUCAGGGAUGUCAGAAACCAGGUGAAAAACCUCCUUAUAUUAUAACUAAAGAAUAGGAGAGAGCCAUCACAUUCAAUAGUGGAGAACCUAGCAGGGGAAAGAGGUUAAGAGGCGAGAAGUUGAAAAAUCACCUCAAGUGCAGUGACAACUUGCCUGAACAAUACUGUUCAGCCAGGGAAAGAAAAGCCCGCCAGGGAGGCAGAGUGCACCAGUUCACUGAUGGAAAUGUAAGUGUCCUAGAGAAGAGAGAAGUUGAAAAAAACACAGACCUAAAAGUUUAAAAAAAAAAAAAAAAAGGAGCACUCCCACAAGGUCAGAAACAUCUGUUGCACACAAUGUCCUUGGUAUAUGAAACCAAACCCAGAGUUAUCACGUGAAAAUGAAAAAAUAAAAUAUUUUGGAUCCCCGUAAGUCCAAGCCCUACUCCUCAUGAUGUCAGUGGCAAAAAUCCCUGUGACUUCAACAGAGCAAUACUGAGCUUUCACAGAAAUAAAAAGCAAGCUAUUAUAAAAUCUGAGCACCAGCCUUAAAUGAGCUCAGUAUUAUUUUAUUGUUCACUAUUAUUUUAUCAUGUCAGAUUUCAGACAGUCAAAUUUGCAACCAAAAAUGGAUAGCGUUUCUGAUAAGGAGAUACCACUUCUUAAUACUGAUCUAAAAAUUCAAACAAGAUGUUUGUCUAUCAGACUUAAAAAUUAUCAUUUCUUUAUUCUGUGGGGACCAGGUGGGCUUUCGCAUUGGCAUAUUCUCCAAAAAAAAUACUAUGUCACCUCUGAACUUCUGAAAGGGACUGAAAUUGAUGUUAUAUUAGCUAAUGGCUACCUAUGAAGAUCAAUAUUGUAGCUUCUGAGCAGUCAGAGGAGAGUUGUACUCCCAAGUGGGGUGUUUUCUUUGUAGGAGAAAAAUUCUGAGGGGACAGAAUCAGGAUGAGAUUUCCUGCUCUAUUUUUUAUUUGCAAUAAUCCACAUUGUUCCUGUCAUUGCUUCAGAAAAGGAUGGCUAUUAACCACAAAAGCAGCAGCAACGCUUUGCUUGGUGUAACCCCAGCAACAUAGAUCUGUGUUCAAAGUACAAUCCAGACUGCACUUUAUUAACUCCUCUUAAAUCUUCCUCAAACCACAAUCACCUGGAAUCCAAGCAGGUGGUAUGGGUAUCUCAACCUCCCUGAGCUCAGAGUCAGCAGGCCAAAUCUAUCCCUGCUGUAAUUCCACUGAAGUCAAUUUAUUUACAGGAGGGAUUAAUUUGCCCCAAAAUGUAGGUUGUUGAUGGACAAGUUGGUUGUCCUGACUUGUUCAAUUGCUCUGCAACACAAAGGAAAUCACUAGAAUUCAAUUAACCUUCCUCUUAAUCUCAAGGGUUGUAGUGUGGGAAUCCAUUAGCAAUUUUUGCUCAUUGUUCUCAUUGAAGUACCUUCAAGCACCAGAGUUAUUAACCCCUCAGUGAGCUAAGUGUAUAUGCAGCACAUUUAACCCCUCUCUGCAGGUUCCCAUCUCAGCUAUUUAUUUCACUAGCAUUAUAGGGUUCAUACUUUUACCUGACUUGCACAUGUGCAUUGGAGGAUUUGGGCAACUAAUUUGGGCACACACAAAAGUGUCCCUUACAAAAGGGCAGCUUGUUGUGAAUGAAAGAAAAGCUUAAGUAGAGGGUUAAAAGGAAUAAAAUGUUUAGCUGCCUGAUGUUUCCUCCUCAGAUUUGAAGAGCCUUUUCUUCUUUUGUUGCUGCCACAAAACUGGAGUUUUUCAAUAGACAUUUUGUUUCUCAGCAAAAUUUUUGCUGAAGUUGGACACAAAAACAUUUGUACUACAUGCAUAUCAGUAAGAAUCUGGGGAAGGCUUUGACAGUGCUUUCUGAAUUAGCAAUAGGGUAGACUCAAGGAACUCAAUCUCUUUAGUUUAACAAAGCAAAGGUUAAGGGGUGAGUUGAUUAGAGUCUGUAAGCACCUACAUUGGGAACAAAUAGUCAAUAAUGAGCUGUGCAAUCUAACAGAGAACGGUGUUUGUACCUAACAUGCUCCAGUGGAUGGAAGUCAGGGCCGGCUCCAUGCUGGUGCUUGGGGCGGCAAUCUGUAAGGGGCGGCAGUCCCUGUUGUUUUGCCCCCAAGCAGCACACCGAAUUGCUGCCGCGGGCAGCAGGGGCAGUCAGUGUGCCCUUAGGGUGGCACACACUUUUCUGCGGUGGCAGCAAUUCGGCAGCAGCAGCUUCUAUGUUUAGCUGUCCGCGGCGGCUUCCGCUAAACAUAGAAGCUGCCGCCGAAUUGCUGCCGCCGUGGAAACACACCUGCCACCCUAAGGGCACAUGGUCUGCCCCCACUGCCCGCGGCGGCAAUUCGGUACGCUACUUGGGGCGGCGAAAACUGUAGAGCUGGCCCUGAUGGAAGCUGAUGUUAGCCAAAUUCAGACUGGAAAUGAGGCAUAUGUUUUCAAAAGUGAGGGUGAUUAACCAUUGGAACAAUUUACCAAAGGUCAUGGUGGAGUCUCCAUCACUGACAAUUUUUAAAUCAAGACGGGAUGGUUCUCUAAAAGAUAUUCUUUACUAAUUGUUUUGGGGAAGUUCUAUGGUCUGUGAUAUACAGGUUGUCAGACUAGAUGAUCACGCUGGGCCUUUCUAACCUUGGAAACUAUGAAUUUCAAAGUGGAGUAGUCACAUGAUGGAAGACUUGGAUGUGGUGUUGCUGGUUCUCUGAGUGACUAAGACUAUGCCAUGGGUUUAGGAGGACCAGAUAAGUUUUUGUUGUUUUUUUUACUUGCUGUCGCUGAUGGAGAGGCUGGCUUUAGUAGUUUUAGCCAUUACAUCAGCCUGUUUUUUUAAAGCCUCAAAACGCCAACUUGCCUGUCAGACAGCAGCCUGAUACAUUUAACAUUCUCAAUAUUCACCCAUUUAGUGGGCUAUGUGUCACUAUAAUGGUUUAAUUUUUUUUUCACAUAUUGGAUCUGACUGCAGUUUUACAAGGGAAAUCAGACUUAUUUUCCAUCUGGGUAUUCCUCUAGGAGCCCUACCCUCUCCUUAGAUCAGUAAUGUUACUUUCUGGGCUUCUACUUCUUCCUGAUUGAGAACUCUACUAGUAGUACAGUUUAAAGACUUCCAAGCCUCAUGUUGUUAUUAUGGAUUUCAUGUUACUGUUUUUGGCAUAAGAAAAAUGUCACUUUUCUGGGAGGAGAGGGGGAAAAUAUUAUAUGGCUUAUUUCAUUGCUU